AUGUCAUCGUCUUCAAGCAGUAACGUGAGGCUGUGCGGAUGGGGACAUUCGGUUGGAAUGUGGAUGACAUGGAUGCUAAAGAAUCCUAGACGGAGGUUCCUUGGCUGCACAAACUACAAUGAUGAAUACAUAAAUUGUGGUUUUUUUCGUUGGAUUGACCCACAACUGUCGAACAAGUGGUAUAGAGAGAAGAUGUACGAGUUGAGAGCUCAAGCCAAUGGUGAAGAUGUCAUGUUAGAUGCCCCCCCCCCCCCGACGCUCCUGUCAAUUUUCAUGUUAAUGAAACCCCGACUCAAGUUGUUAUUCAAGAUACUAAUGAACAUGGUAAUGUCCCUCGAGUUGAAGGUGGUAGAGUUGGAAUCAUCAAGUUCAUGA